UCUUGAAUUUUGUUAUCACCUUUGUCAUAAAUCAAUAUUGCGACAGACACAAACAAAAGUACCAAAAUCAAAUCCAAUCCAAUAGAGAGAGAAACACAAACUCCAAUCUGAACCUACUUCGGGUUCUUCUUCCUUCUUCAAUCUCCAUUUCACAAUCUCAUUCACCUACUCCUCACAAUUUUCCCUGUAUCAUCAAUCAAUGGUUUCAAAAUCUAAGGUAAUUCUCAUUCAUCACAACCCAUCAUAGCUUCACUCUUCUGUUCCCUUCUCUCUGUUCAAAAAUCUAAUCUUUUUAGGUCUUAAAUCAUCAACCCUUGAGAAAAUUUUCUUUUUUUUGAUCUUGAUCUGGGUUAAUUUUGUUGGGUUGUUCAUAAUUUUGUGAUUAGGGUUUCAGUGAUUGAUAAAAAGAGAAACUUUGGUUGGUGUUAGAUUGGAAUUGAGGGUUAAAGCUGAAAUUUUGUUUGUUUUUUAGGGUUUUUGAGUGAUUUGAUAGAUUAUGGAUUGUAUUGUGAAAUCUUCUGAAUUAGGGUCUGGUGUUGUUAGUAAUGGUGAAUCUGAAUCAGUAGAGAAUGUAAUUUUUGGUGGAGAUGUUAGAUGUUGUAUACAAGCUUCUCCUCCAAGGGGAAAUGGGUCGAGGAAUACUAGUCCGAUGGGCCGAGUCGGGUCGAGGAACACGAGUCCGUCGAGGCAAAUUGUUAAGACUAAACCGAGGGGUUUAGAUGAAGAAACACAUGCUACAUUCGGUAAAGUGGUGCACCCCGAUGUUCAGAUGGAGGAUAACAUAUGGGCUAUGUUGCCGGAGGAUUUGUUGCAUGAGAUUUUAGCUAGGAUUCCUCCGUUUCUGAUUUUUCGGCUUCGUUUGGUUUGCAAGAGAUGGAAUUUGUUGCUUCAGGAUAGUAGUUUUUUCAAAUUUCAUUCGAGUGUUCCGUCGGAUGGACCUUGCGUUCUUAGUUUCUGUAAGAGCUCGUUGAUUCCACAAUGUUCUGUUUAUAGUUUACCGCUUAAGGCUUGGUAUAGAAUGUCGUUCACGUUUUUGCCGCAUUGGGCUAUAUGGUUGGUCGGCUCUUCUGGUGGUCUUGUUUGCUUUUCCGGGUGCGAAGGAUCGGUGUUUUGUAUAUUGGUUUGUAAUCCCCUCACUCAAACAUGGAGGAUAUUGCCGAGUAUGCAUUUUAAUCAACAAAGGCAAUUGAUAAUGGUUGUGGAUCGAUCGGAUCGGUCGUUUAAAGUAAUAGCAACGAAUGAUAUAUGCAGUGACAAGUCAUUGCCGACUGAAAUUUAUGACUCGAAGGAAGAUCGGUGGUCGGUUCAUCAGACUAUGCCGGCUUCUAAUCUUUGCUCUUCAAAGAUGGCAUAUUGUGAUUCUAGGUUGUAUUUGGAAACCCUUUCGCCGCUUGGUUUGAUGAUGUAUAGACUAGAUAUAAACAGUUGGGAACAUAUUCCGGCUAGGUUCCCGCGAUCGUUACUCGACGGUUAUUUGGUUGCUGGUACCCAGAAGCGGCUUUUUCUUGUUGGAAGGAUCGGUCUAUACAGCACUCUACAGAGUAUAAAAAUUUGGGAACUGGAUCAUGCCAAGAUUUUGUGGGUGGAGAUUAGUAGGAUGCCGCCGAAGAAUUUCCGUUCGUUAUUGAGAUUAUCGGCCGAGAGAUUCGAAUGCUUCGGACUCGACAACUUAAUCUGCUUCACCUCUUAUAAUCAAGGGAAGGGACUUCUGUUUGACGUCGAUAAAAAGAUCUGGUCUUGGAUCGGCGGGUCGGCUUUUCAGUCAUACAACAAUCAAGCUUGUUUCUACGAGCCGAGAUUUGAUGCUUCUAUCUACUAAGCUAGAGUCUCAUGACACGGUCGAUGUCAAAUAUCGACCGACAAAACUUAUAAAAGAGGCUUACCUGCGACUUUUUUACCUGACGUGAUGCGGCGUGUAUCUUUAACUUCAACUUCUGCAAUGCUCGCAGGAUUGGCGGUGUAAUGUAAUCUGUAAUCGCAUAAAUCUCGUCUUGAACUUUAACCUUAUGUAACUUCUUGUAAAUGUUCUCCCCGACUUUUCUUAAUGGCAAAGUAACUGAUUAUGAACACGAUUUGCCUUGUAAUUUUAUCGUCUUGAUGCUGUUGUAAAAAUCGGUUUUACAAGUUGUUGUUCAUGUAUAUUGUUGCACUACUAUUCGAUGCAAUACAAAAGCUGAUCAAAGAAUC